AUGGCCUUUUUCCAGCUCAUACUGAGGAUAAUCCUCCCCGCCGCGGCCAUUGGGAUCCUCUCAGUACUCACCAUCGUUCUUGCGCUCAUCUAUUCCCACAAUGCUCCGAUCCCAAAGGUCCGUCGUCAGGGUACACCUGUCCACCUCCUCAUCGUCCUCGGCAGUGGUGGCCAUACUACUGAAAUGUUCUUCAUGCUGGAAAAAUACCUCGACCUAGCUGUCUACACCUACCGCACCUACGUUGUGAGCUCGGGGGAUCAGUUCAGCGCUGCGAAAGCUGCAGAAUUUGAGGCCAAGCAUGUCGCCCGCCAAAUGGAACAGAACAAGACUCUCACCGAUACAGGCGCAUUUGAUGUUGUCACAAUUCCACGAGCGCGACGGGUGCACCAAUCGUACUGGACAGCUCCUUUCACUACACUUCAAUCCUUCUGGGCCUGUCUUUUGGUUCUAUGUGGACGAUACCCCAAUCAACAUACAUUGCCUUGGAAGUACACCUCGGCAUGUCCCGAUAUCAUACUCACCAAUGGCCCCGCUGUCUCUGUGUGCAUGAUCCUUGCCGCCAAGACUCUCCGUUUCUUUAUCUUCAUUUUCCGCGUGCUCUCCUCCAGGCCGGGCAUCUCCAGGCUUCGGACAGUAUUUGUGGAAUCAUGGGCGCGAAUCCACACCCUAAGCACCUCAGGAGUGUUGGUUCUUCCAUUGGCUGACAAGUUCCUUGUUCAAUGGCCGGAUCUAGCUGGACGUCGGGCUUGGUGGGGGAUGAAGGAGACGUCAUACGUCGGCUGGGCCGUGCUGUGA